AUGCCCCGCGAAGAAAGUGAAUCUCCACUCUUGGUCUACGAAGAUCCGAGACAUACGCCGUACACGCCGUCCAAGUAUGCCAGAAAGGACGAGGAAGAGAGAAGCUCCGGAGGAGGAAAAUCGCCGCCCAAGAAAGCUCCAAAAGCCCCGACUCGCAUGUCACUUCGUGACAAAUUCGAGGCUGCCCCCACCACCAAGAAGCGCAAAACGGCUCAAGACCCAGCCGAUGGUGAGGAGAAAACUAAUUAUGCAGGCUACAUUGAUAAACCCUCCGUUUCAGAGCUCUUACAAGCCAUCAAGCCACUCUUCGACCAAGUCAAAAAGGAAAUGGCCGAUCAGCUGGCUGACCAACUUGGAAGAUUCCAGGAGCAACUCGACAUGGCGGUCAACUCCUUCAGCGACGAGAUAGUGAAGCUGAAGGCGGAUCACGCCUUGGCCGAAAAGAACGUGGAUACAUAUGCCCAAAAGGUCUCAGGAAUGUUCCAGCGCGCGGAUAUGAUGUCUGCCAACGUCCAGGAGCAGCGAACUCAACAAGCCGAGGACAACCGUAUGGCCUCAAAAGCGAGAGACAGGAUCAUUUACGACAUCGCCCAGGUCGCAAUCAACAUGAAGACGAUGAGCGAGACCAUCGCCAAAAUCGACGCUCGUGAGGAACAGGCUGCCCAAAAGCAAGCCGAGCGCUACACCCCGCAAGGAGGACAGGGAUCAUUGGAGCCAGUGCUGAAGUGCCCACUGUGCAAACGUCAUCACGCUCCGGAAAACUGCACCAUCAUCAGAAAUGGACUCGAUCGUCGCGAGGAAGCCGAAAAGAUCAAAAUGUGCAUUCAAUGCCUCGAAGUCGGCGUGACAAAUGACGAUUGGGUCCACGAAGGCUGCCCAAAGGAGAAGGAGCAGUGCACCAGAUGCACCAAAUACAUGAAGCCAGGAGAAAUCGCCCAGACUCACCACAACGCCACAUUCUGCCUAAUGCUCACCUCGAAGCAGUACAAGCUCGAGCGCAAGGGAUCCCCGUCCGAUCGUGAUUACUCGCCAAAAGGCCGCAGAGGACCGAUUCGCUCCCGCCACAACCGCUAUGGAGGCCGAGGACGCCGCAGAGACAGCUACCAUUAA